AAACAAAUGACGAAACCAAAGGAGAAAUAACAACGAAAAAUAAAAGAAAAUUAAAAAUAACUUUCUCUCUCUAUCUCUUUCAUUUCUCUGUUGCAGUGUUUUUGAAGCGAAGAUAAAAAGCCAAUUCCAAUUACACGCUCUUUCUCUUUUUUUUAUAUUUCUUCUUCCCUCUCGCCGGCACUGCCACCUGCCGCAUACAAAACAAACCACCAAACUCUCUCUCUCUCUCUCUCUCUCUCUCUCUCUCUCUCUCUCUCUUGUUUCUCUCUCUAGAAUUCUCUUCGCAUUCGCAGAGAUCGUUAGGGUUUCACUGCGAACAAAGAUUAAACAACAAUGUCGGAGGAAGAGAAGUUGUUGAAGGAAGCGAAGAAACUUCCAUGGGAGGAUCGUCUCGCUCACAAGAACUGGAAGGUUAGAAAUGAAGCGAAUAUCGAUUUGGCUUCUCUCUGUGACUCUAUCACCGAUCCUAAGGAUCCUCGCAUCCGUGAAUUCGGUCACUUUUUUAAAAAGACUGUGGCGGAUUCGAAUGCCCCUGUGCAGGAGAAGGCACUCGAUGCGUUGAUUGCUUACUUGCGAGCUGCAGAUGCUGAUGCCGGGAGGUUUGGGAAGGAAGUUUGCGAUGCUGUUGUGGCGAAAUGUCUGACUGGAAGGCCAAAGACGGUAGAGAAGGCCCAGGCAGUGUUUUUGCUCUGGGUGGAAUUGGAGGCUGUGGAUGCUUUUCUGGAUGCAAUGGAGAAAGCGAUAAAGAACAAAGUUGCUAAAGCGGUGGUGCCUGCAAUAGAUGUUAUGUUUCAAGCUUUAAGUGAAUUUGGAUCUAAAAUUGUGCCCCCAAAAAGAAUUUUGAAGAUGCUUCCGGAACUCUUUGAUCACCAAGAUCAAAAUGUUCGUGCAUCCUCUAAAGGGUUGACUCUUGAACUUUGUCGCUGGAUCGGUAAAGAUAAUGUAAAAUCAAUCUUGUUUGAGAAAAUGAGAGACACAAUGAAAAAAGAGUUGGAAGCGGAAGUUGUAAAUGUUACCGGAACAGCAAAGCCAAGUCGUAAAAUAAGAUCUGAGCAAGACAAGGAACCUGAACAGGAAACUAUAUCUGAGGUUGUGGGUCCUGGCCCUGCUGAAGAAUCUGGGGCUGAUGCUCCUCAAGAAAUAGAUGAAUAUGAGCUUGUUGAUCCUGUUGAUAUUUUGACUCCUCUGGAGAAAUCAGGAUUUUGGGAUGGAGUGAAAGCUACCAAAUGGCUUGAACGGAAGGAGGCUGUUGGUGAGCUAACGAAACUUGCAUCAACCAAAAGAAUUUCCCCUGGUGAUUUUUCUGAAGUUUGUCGGACCUUAAAGAAGCUUAUUACAGAUGUGAAUAUUGCUGUUGCUGUUGAAGCUAUCCAGGCCAUUGGCAAUCUUGCUCGUGGAUUAAGAACCCAUUUUUCUGCGAGUUCUCGUUUUUUAUUGCCUGUUUUACUUGAAAAAUUGAAAGAGAAAAAACCUACAAUGACCGAGGCAUUGUCUCAGACUCUUCAAGCGAUGCACAAAGCAGGAUGCAUUAGCCUUGUUGAUAUUGUUGAAGAUGUUAGGACAGCCACAAAAAACAAAGUUCCUCUUGUGCGAUCAUUAACAAUGAACUGGGUUACAUUUUGCAUUGAAACAAGUAACAAGGCUAUUAUUACGAAGGUGCAUAAGGAUUAUGUUCCAAUCUGCAUGGAGUGUCUAAAUGACGGAACUCCUGAAGUUAGGGAUGCUGCCUUUUCUGCACUGGCAGCAAUAGCAAAGUCGGUUGGCAUGCGACCUCUUGAGAGGUCAUUGGAGAAACUUGAUGAUGUUAGAAGGAAAAAGCUUUCAGAAAUGAUUUCAGGUUCUGAAGAUGCUGUGCCUGGUGGUUCUUCCACAGCUUCUGUGCAAAAUACACGUGCAAGUGCAUCUUCUGCAGAGACUUCUGAAGGAGCUGGCAAAAGGUCAGCUGCAAGUAUGCUUAGUGGAAAGAGACCUGUUCAGGCAGUGCCCGUCGCCAAGAAAGGGGGGGUUGUAAAGUCUGGUGCAAACAAAAAAGUAGAUGGAGUUUCACAAAAGGCUGCAAAAACGAUUGAAGCACCCGAAGAUGUUGAGCCCACUGAGAUGGGUCUUGAAGAGAUUGAAAGCCGAAUAGGUUCUCUUAUACAGUCAGAUACCAUCGCUCUAUUAAAAAGUGCUGUGUGGAAGGAGCGUCUUGAAGCCAUUUCUUCGCUGAAACAGCAAGUUGAAGGCUUACAGAACCUUGACCAAUCUGUAGAAAUAUUGAUUAGAUUACUGUGCACGUUGCCUGGUUGGGGCGAGAAAAAUGUUCAGGUUCAACAGCAGGUUAUUGAAGUUACCACUCAUAUAGCUUCAACUGCAACUAAAUUCCCAAAGAAGUGUGUAGUACUUUGUCUUUCGGGACUAUGUGAGCGUGUAGCAGAUAUUAAGACACGUGCACAUGCUAUGAAAUGCCUCACUACAUUUUGUGAAGCAGUUGGUCCAGGAUUCAUUUUUGAAAGAGUCUAUAAGAUCAUGAAGGAGCAUAAGAAUCCUAAGGUUCUUAGUGAGGGAAUUUUGUGGAUGGUUUCUGCUGUUGAGGAUUUUGGUGUAUCUCUUUUAAAGCUUAAGGAUUUAAUUGAUUUUCUUAAAGAAAUUGGUCUGCAGUCAAGUGCAGCUGCUACUAGAAAUGCAUCAAUUAAACUCUUGGGUGUUCUGCAUAAAUUUGUUGGUCCAGACAUAAAAGGGUUUCUCACCGAUGUUAAGCCUGCACUGCUGAGUGCUCUUGACACCGAAUACGAGAAGAACCCAUUUGAGGGUGCAUCUGCAGUUCCCAGAAAAACUGUCAGGGCAUCAGAUUCAUCCUCAUCCUUGGUGGCUGGUGGGCUGGAUAGCUUGCCUCGUGAAGAUAUUAGUGGAAAGGUUACUCCGACUCUCUUGAAGAGUUUCGAAAGCCCUGAUUGGAAGGUUCGUAUGGAGUCUGUUGAUGCUGUAAACAAAAUACUGGAAGAGGCUAAUAAGCGCAUUCAAUCAACUGGAACUGGUGAUUUAUUUGGCGCUCUUAGGGGACGGCUCAAUGAUAGCAACAAAAACAUAGUCAUGGCUACCUUGACAACAAUUGGUAAUGUUGCAUCUGCAAUGGGUCAAGCUGUUGAGAAGUCAAGCAAAGGCAUUCUGUCGGAUAUAUUGAAAUGUCUUGGGGACAAUAAGAAGCACAUGAGAGAAUGUGUACUGAAUACUCUUGACUCUUGGCUUGCUGCUGUUCAUCUUGAUAAAAUGGUUCCUUAUGUUGCAAUUGCUUUGGUGGAUUCUAAACUUGGCGCUGAAGGGCGUAAAGAUCUUUUUGAUUGGUUAUCCAGGCAACUUUCUGGGUUAAGUAGUUUUACUGAAGCUGCUCAACUUCUGAAGCCAGCCUCUUCUGCAAUGGCUGAUAAAUCCUCUGAUGUUCGCAAGGCGGCAGAGACUUGUAUUAAUGAGAUACUUAGAGUUAGUGGGCAUGAAAUGAUUGAAAAGAUUGUUAAAGACAUUCAUGGACCAGCACUGACACUUGUUCUUGAGAAGAUAAAACCAUAUGGAGGUUUUCAAGAGUCAUUCGAGUCAGCCAGAGCAGCUUCAGUGAGUGUAACAUCGAAAGGUGCUACAAAGGUUGGGAAAUCAACUGCAAGUGGUGUUUCAAAACCUGGAAAUAGAUCUGUAUCUUCGAGAGUCGGGGUAAUAAAGGGUGCCAAGUCGGAACCAAUAUCUGUUCAAGAUAUAGCAGUCCAAACUCAGGCCUUGCUAAAUAUCAAUGAUUCAAAUAAGGAAGAUAGAGAGAGAUUGGUUGUUCGAAGGUUUAAGUUUGAAGAUCCACGAAUUGAGCAAACUCAAGAUCUUGAGAGUGAUAUGAGGAGGUAUUUCAGAGAGGAUUUACAUAAGAGACUCUUAAGUCAAGAUUUUAAGAAGCAAGUUGACGGACUUGAAAUUCUGCAGAAGGCACUUCCAUCCAUUGUUAAGGAAGUUAUAGAAGUUUUGGAUAUUCUCUUGAGGUGGUUUGUGUUGCAGUUCUGCAAAUCAAACACAACAUGUCUAUUAAAGGUGCUGGAAUUUCUUCCUGAACUGCUUGACAGUUUGAAGGAUGAUGGGUACUCUUUAACAGAGUCUGAAGUGGCAAUUUUUCUUCCUUGCCUUGUAGAGAAGUUAGGGCAUAACAUUGAGAAAGUACGUGAAAAAAUGCGGGAGCUGACUAAACAAUUUGUUGUGGUAUAUUCCGCAUCCAAAUGUUUCCCUUAUAUAUUGGAAGGGUUGCGCUCUAAGAACAACCGGACUCGAAUUGAAUGUGCUGAUCUUGUAGGAUUUAUUCUUGAUCAUCAUGGGGCUGAGAUUAAUGGGCAGCUGAAAUCAUUGCAAAUUGUUGCAAGUUUAACGGCUGAACGUGAUGGGGAUAUUAGGAAAGCUGCAUUAAAUGCACUUGCCACCGGUUAUAAGAUUCUAGGUGAGGACAUAUGGAGAUUUGUUGGGAAACUAACAGAUGCUCAAAAAAGCAUGUUAGAUGAUAGAUUUAAGUGGAAGGUCCGUGAGAUGGAAAAGAAAAAGGAAGGAAAGCCAGGGGAAGCGAGGGCUAUUUUACGGCGUUCUGUCAGGGAAAAUGGGCCUGAUGUCGCAGAGCAAAGUGGAGAAAUGGCUAGAUCUCUUGCUGGUCCAUUAUUGAGGUAUGAAAAUAUGUCUAUUUUUUUCCUUUGCAGCCAAAUAACCCACCAAAAAAAAAUUACAUUGCUUCUAUUCUUCUUAAUCAUCUUGCUUUUUAUUGUCAGGAGAAAUUAUGCUCAACCAGAUAGUAACAUUGAGAGACAAUUGAUGUCUCGUCCUGUGGCUGUUGCCAGUACCCCCACUGAUUGGAAUGAAGCACUAGACAUUAUUUCUUUCGGUUCUCCCGAGCAGUCAGUUGAAGGAAUGAAAGUUGUUUGCCAUGAGUUAGCUCAGGCAACUAGUGAUCCAGAAGGCAGUGCUAUGGAUGAACUUGAGAAAGAUGCAGACAGGCUAGUUUCAUGCCUUGCAAAUAAGGUUGCAAAAACUUUUGACUUCAGUUUGGCUGGAGCUUCAUCGCGGUCCUGUAAAUAUGUGCUCAACACGCUCAUGCAGACUUUUCAAAAUAAAAGAUUAGCACAUGCUGUAAAAGAGAGCACUCUUGACAGUCUCAUUACCGAGCUUCUUCUGUGGCUAUUGGAUGAUAAUGUUCCUCGUAUGGAUGAUGGUAGCCAGUUGUUGAAAGCACUGAAUGUAUUGAUGCUUAAGAUUCUUGAUAACGCAGAUCGAACAUCAUCUUUUGUUGUCCUAAUUAAUCUCUUACGUCCACUAGAUCCAUCGAGGUGGCCUUCACCAGCGCCAAAUGAGUCACUUGCUACCAGAAAUCAGAAGUUUUCUGAUCUGGUUGUGAAAUGCCUUAUAAAGCUUACAAAGGUUCUUCAGAGCACCAUCUAUGAUGUUGACCUCGAUCGCAUGCUUCAAAGCAUCCAUCUAUACUUGCAAGACUUGGGAAUGGAGGAAAUUAGGAGAAGGGCUGGUGCGGAUGACAAACCAUUGCGAAUGGUGAAAACUGUUCUGCAUGAACUUGUUAAGCUUCGUGGUGCAGCAAUAAAGGGUCAUCUUUCAAUGGUUCCUAUCGAUACAAACCCUAAACCUAUCAUCCUUGCUUACAUUGAGCUUAAUCUCGAGACUCUGGCUGCUGCAAGAAUGUUGACUGCAUCUGGCCCCGGGGGACCAAACCAUUGGAGUGAUUCAGCAACCAAUAAUUCAGCAGCUGGAAUACAUUCUGCUGAUGCUCAGUUGAAGCAAGAGUUGGCUGCAAUAUUUAAGAAGAUUGGGGAGAAGCAAACUUGCACAAUUGGACUAUAUGAACUUUAUCGGAUUACUCAAUUGUACCCAGAGGUUGACAUAUUUGAUCAGCUUCAAAAUGCUAGUGAGGCAUUUCGCACUUACAUCAGAGAAGGUCUUGCCCAGAUGGCGAAAAAUGCUGCAGCUGGAAGAACUCCGUCAAGUAUGCCAAUGCCUACUCCUCCACCAGCAUCUUUAAAUAUAUCUUCCCCAGAUUUUGCGCCACUCUCUCCUGUAAAUGCAAAUGCGUUGAAUGAAGCUAAAUUAAAUGUGAAAACUGAACCAACAAAUUUCAAUCUACCCCCAUCAUCAUAUAAUGAGGAGAAUAGGGCUGUGAAUGCCUUUGCAUCGAGAGUGUUAAGUUCUGACUAUGCCGGAGUAACAAGUGGGACAUUGGAUGCAAUUAGAGAGAAAAUGAAGAGUAUGCAAUUAGCAGCUGCGGCUGGGAGUACAGAUUCUGGUGCUAGGCCAUUGACAAGUGUUAACGACAACAUGAACCAUGCACUUCCUCAUAGUCAGAUUCCUCUUCCAUCGGAACAUGUUGGAACUGAGAAUACUUUGCAAGGUGGGGUACAUCCUAUGGAUGAGAAAGCUUUGUCAGGGCUUCAAGCACGUAUGGAAAGACUGAAGAGUGGAUCCCUUGAACCUCUUUAGGAGGAAAUUAAGAUAAAAGGGAUUAAUUUCCUUACCAUUCUUAGAUUUUGAGAACAUAUACGCCAUUCAUGCUGUGGCAUGUAAUCAUUAUUUACAAUGCGGGUGGAUAUAGAUUGAAUGUAUAGUAUAGUCAAUAGAGCCAUUAUCAUUAAAAACUACGGAGAUUCUGAUGCGGCUGAGAAUCAGAGGAUUGAUUGUAGGCAGUCCAGUUUAUGACCCUGCAUUUAUUUAAUCCCAACCUUUGUUCACAUGACCUUUGUAUAUUGUAGUGGUGCUGUCUGUAUUUUUGUGACACGAAUUAUGUAGAUCCCUGCACUCAAUCCAAUCACAACCAUUUCAGUGCUGAUAGGGGUUUGCUUGGGUUGUAUAUUUAGCUUUUAUUUAGAAAAUUUUGACAUUGGAAUUUCAUUUUUAAUUACGCAAAUGAUUGUAGGACAUGGUGUUUAAUGUCCUUCCAUUAUAGGAUUUCGAUCGUUACAUUUCAGCAUA